UUUGUUUAUGUAGCUUAACAAAAACACGGUUAAAUACAAUGAGUUGGCCAAUGUAUAUUGCACUUAUUGUUAGUUUAGUAGUUGCGCAGGGUAUAUGUACUAAAGAAACAGCACGCAAUGGACGUUUCAAAAGAUUUCAGAAUAUCCCUCAAAAACAGAGAAGUUCUAAAAGGGAAGAAUUAAGAGAAAAGCGGUUACUUGAUCUGGAAAAAAUUGCUGAAGCAUACAAAACCGAUUUCACAAUUGGAUUGAAUCAAGUAAGGCAGGAGAUACAAAAACUAAACGCGGAAUUUAACGAAAUGUCUGUUCUUUGCUUUAAUAAGUGUUCGCCACAUCGCCACACACGCCAAGUAUUAGUGGAAUGUCCCGAGGAAACCGAUGUUAUUCACAAUGGUAAAUGCUAUAGAGGAAUCUUGCAUAAAAGCACCAACAUCACAUUUGACGAUGCAUUUGAAAUGUGUGAUGAUAUAGGAUGGAGGCUUGCUGAUAUUGAUAAUGGUGUUCUUUUUGCAAAAGUUGGGAAAUAUUUACGAAACGACUUUAUAUCCUCAAGAAGUUAUUUUGCGACAGCUUGGCUUGGAAUGACGUGGGAUCCUGAAGCACAAGUUCUUCGAUAUUCUUCUGGUGCAGAGAUGGCCAACGUGAAUGAAUCUAGUAUUCCAUGGAUUUUAACACCCGAACCAAGCUACAUUCAUAUGGGCAUAGUUAUCGAUACGGUGCCCAACCGCCGUUCCUUUAUUAACAAUUUUCCCGGAGAUGCAGAACGAAGGGGAGCUUUAUGCGAAUAUGAGCCCUUAUAGAGAAACUUCAUCAAAACUGCUUUUCCUAUAAAUAUGGCCAUCGACGUUAUUCCACGUCCAACGCGACAGCACAAAUUUUAUUUGAUUUAUCAACGUCGAGAAAAUAAUGAAUUAGAUUUUUUUUGAAUGAACAGGGAAGGUUUUAUUUGGUAUUGUUGAUACAAUACCCUCAGAUAUUAUCUAAAAGAGCAUAAUUUUCAAUUUUCAACAAUUUUUCUAACUAAGAUACUGAUGAAUUUAACACUAAAUAAAAUAAUCACCAAUAAGCAUGAAAUAAAUUGGUAAAGUGAGUCAUUUACAAAAUUUGAAAAACAAAAAGUAAAUGAUAUUAUAUAUUUUACGUGUACUCCGUUCCUUAUAAUUGUACUAUAAAUGUUUGUCGACAACAGUGAUUUAUUCCCCCGAGACAGCUGAACAUAAUUAUAAUCCGCUACUGAUGUUGAAUAUAUCCCCAGUAAUUGUUGAUGAAAGAUCAAAGAGUUGUGAUCCUUUUAUUGCUGCAUUAAAACAGUCGGGCAGUUCAACCUGAAUUAUAGAGAUGAAACAUUAUGAUUAGCUUACAUACUAUACUAUCGGAAUAUUAUUUGCUCAUAGAAUAAAUGCAUUUCAUUUUACUGUUUCAUUUUAGUUGUUUAGUGCCUAGGUCAAUAAACCGUUGCUGUCAAAACUCAAAGAGGUCGGAUUUCAGACAUGUUGUUCUCUCUCGUGCUUUUGAUGUUGUUGUCAGCGUCAAGUUUAUCCCAGCAACAGGAUAGAAGAAUAGCAUCUCUAUUAUGUCCAAAUCGGGGAUACAGGGAACUCGUACUGGAAGCUCGACUGGCAUUUUCUUUUUCCACUCGUUCUGAACGAACUCGAAAAUGGCGCAGAAAAAACGUUUUUCCAUAUGGAAAAGCAACCCCUCCUCCGUGGGUUAUUUAUGAACAAAUAGUUGGAUCUCUGGCCAUGAAUUUCUCAUAUGAGAAUUUAGGACUUAAUACAAAGAUGUACAGAUUGAAAGCAAAUUUGGAAGAAAUAUCGAAGCAUUGCAUCUUCAAAAGUUCGACAAAUUUUAAUGAUGGUUUUUCAUGUCCUCUACCAUCAGAUGUUUCACACAACGGUAAAUGUUUCCGAGCCAUACUGCAUGAUACUGCUGACGUAUUGUAUGCUGCAGCCUCAAAUCUUUGUUCCCAAAUUGGAUGGCAACUUGCAAAUAUAUAUGAUGGCGCACAUUAUGUGAAGGUUGCAAAAUAUCUACGAGAUAAAUUCCCGACUCCAGAAGUACAAUACACAACGGCCUGGCUUGGAAUGACCUAUGAUACCCAGAUGCAAAUUCUACGUUAUUCGACGGGAGAACCGACUGCAAAUGCUGCUAUGGCACUAGUUCCAACAACUUUUUCUUCGAACUCAUCAUUUACACAGAUGGCAAUUAACAUUGAUUGGUUAUCAAGUAAGAAAUCGUUCGUUCACAACUAUCCCCAAAGGGGUGCUUUGAGAAGAGGAGCAUUGUGCGAAUACAAUCCGGAGUAAACUAAUUUGACAUUACAAAACCAAAAGUAGAAUUCGAUAACAAAUUUAAAAAAACGUCGUUAUUGCCAUUUCGUUUUGUGGCACGUAUUUGAAUAGGGAUUUGUUCAAGAAGAAAUGUUUUUAAACAAUUGUUUUAAAUCAAGUUUUUUUUGCCUGUUUUGUUUAAAAUGGCAGUACUAUUUGAUUUUUUUGUAUUAAAUAGGUUGA